AGACGCAUAUAUGUACUCAUCGAAGGCGAAAGAAAAAGAAAAAAAGAACACUCAAAGACAAAUCACAAAACGAACAAUGGAGAUUAGCAAAAUUCUAGCUGUGGUCGUAGCCGCCGUCGUCCUUUACUCCGUCCAGGCAAAGGCACAAGGAGGAAACCCUCAGGCGAUGGCUUGCGUGCAGAAACUGUUGCCGUGUCAGCCUUACAUACACACGGUGAAUCCGAAUCCUCCACUGUCGUGUUGUGGGCCGAUGAAAGAGAUGGUAGAAACAGACGCACCAUGUUUAUGCACUGUUUUUAACAACCCGGAGAUGCUCAAAGCCCUAAACCUCACCAAAGAGAACGCUCUCGAUCUGCCCAAGGCCUGUGGAACCAAUCCUGACGUUUCACUCUGCGCCAAAAUCGCUUCUUCUCCGCCUAAUGCGUCGCCGGGAUCAACCAACGGAACCUCCGCCGCUUCUUCUAUCAGCUUCAAUAGAUUUAGCUUUCUCUCUGCUUUUGUGGCGAUGAUCUUCUUUUAAUUAUGCCAUGUAUUUUAUUUGUAAUUUACAAUGUAUGUUUAUUUAUAUUUCUGUCAUCACUAUUUGUUUAAGCACUCUUGGUUUGAUCUUUUAUAUACUUUUCAUAUUUUAUAUUGUCA